AUGGCGGAUUCAGUGACUAGAGAUGAUGUGGCUGGGAUGGUACAAGAGGCCCUGGGAAUUCCACAUAUGGGUAUUAAAAAUUAUGAACCAACUGCAAGUGAUCCAGACCAAGCAGGGGCAAGUGAUCCAAGCCAUGUAGAGGAAGAUGACCCGGUUCGGAUAGGGGCAAAUGACGAAACUUUGGAAUAUUUUAAACUUUUGGAUGAUGCACAAACUGAUCUGUACCCGGGGCGUCACAAAUUUACUUCACUAUCAUUUAUUGUUCGAAUUUUGCAUAUGAAGGUGCUCAAUCAAUGGACUGACAAGUCCGUUGACAUGUUACUUGAACUUUUGAAUAAGGCUUUUCCUAUGGGCAUGAAACUUCCAAGUUCAUAUUAUCAAGCUCAGAAGGUUACUACAGAUUUGGGUUUCACAUAUGAGACUUUUGAUGCUUGCCCCAAUAGUUGUAUGUUGUUCAGAAAAGAGGAUACAAAGCUUGAUAAAUGUGUUAUAUGCAGUAGUUCUAGAUGGAAACAAAAUGGUGGUGUUGGAAAUGAUGAAAGGGAAUCUGGUAAACGGGUAGCAGCAAAACAGAUGAGGUAUUUCCCUUUGAAGCCAAGGUUGCAGAGAUUGUUUAUGUCAUCGAAAACGGCAAAGCUCAUGAGAUGGCAUGCGGAAGAACGAGUUGAUGAUGGUGUGUUAAGGCAUCCUGCUGACUCCCUCGCAUGGAAGGACUUUGAUCGGCGAAACACUUGUUUUGCUAGUAAUAGUCGUAAUGUACGUCUUGGGUUAGCUACAGAUGGAUUCAACCCAUUUAGAUCAAUGAACAUAGUUCAUAGCACUUGGCCAAUUGUGUUGAUUCCGUAUAAUUUACCACCAUGGAUGUGCAUGAAACAACCAAAUCUGAUUUUGUCUGUGCUGAUUGAUGGGCCAAAAGGACCUGGCGAUAAGACUGAUGUGUAUGUGCAACCAUUGAUUGAAGAGUUGAAGGAAUUAUGGGAUGAAGGUGAACAAACAUUUGAUGCAUCAACCAAUGAAAUGUUUCAAUUGCAUGCAGCUUUGUUAUGGACAAUCAGUGACUUUCCUGCCUAUGCCAACUUAUCAGGAUGGAGUACGAAAGGUGAAUAUGCUUGUCCUCGCUGCAAUGUGAAAACUCAAUCAUAUUGGUUGAAGCAUGGUAGGAAGUAUUCAUACAUGAGUCAUCGUCGUUUCUUACCAGUUAAUCAUAAAUUUCGAAAGGAUAAAGUAUCAUUUGAUGGUAGUCGAGAAUGGAGACUAAAACCUCAAAUUUUAUCUGGAUCUGAGACGUUGCAUCAGUUGGAAUCAGAAGGUGUCCUUAGUCAGUACAAGAGGAAUGACCUGAAGGAAAUGUUCAGGAGACAAGAAGAGAGGGAAAAUAACGGAAGAAAAGGCCAUAAUUGGAAGAAAAAAAGUAUAUUCUAUGAAUUGUCGUAUUGGGAGCACAACUUAAUAAGACACAAUCUCGAUGUGAUGCACAUAGAGAAAAAUGUCUGCGAUAAUAUAUUGUGGACAAUACUAGGAGUUGGAGGAAAAUCCAAAGAUAAUGUGAAUGCUCGACGUGAUUUACAAGAAAUGAAUAUCAGAAAACCAUUGCACUUGCAGUCAAGAGGGUUCAAUAAAGUUUAUGUACCUCCUGCACAAUUCACAAUGAUCAAUGAUGAGAAAGAUAUGUUUCUCAAAAUACUCAAGGAAGUAUGA